CCCCAUAGAUGCGUGAGAAAUCCUGGCGUGAAUGUAUCCGCCAUUUUACAUCACCCGAAGUGAAAGAACCCAACCGGACUUACGCCGGGGAGUCGUGGAUCCGUUUCAGUUUAUUUCAUUUUAAAAAGCCAAAAUUGAGCUGAUCCGCAUUGUGCACCUUAUUGAGCCAUCGAAAGAUUGCUGGAAACAUGGCAACUGAAGAACACGUUAAUGGGAAUGGAACAGAAGAGCAGGAGCAGGAUCAGGAACAUGACCAGGAACAGGAGCAAGAGCCGGAGCAGGAGCCCAUGGACACCACUGCUGCUGUUACCCAUUCUGAACACUUCCAGACGUUACUAGAUGCUGGUUUACCAGAGAAGGUUGCUGAAAAGCUAGAUGAAAUCUACGUAGCAGGCCUUGUAGCACACAGUGACUUAGAUGAGCGGGCGAUAGAGGCCCUGAAAGAAUUCAACGAGGAAGCCGCACUACAAGUUCUCGUUCAGUUUAAGGAAAGCGACCUUUCACAUGUGCAAAACAAAAGUGCCUAUUUGUGUGGAGUGAUGAAGACGUACAGACAACGGGAGAAGCAGGGGACCAAAGUUUCAGAUUCCAGUAAAGGACCAGAUGAAGCAAAAAUAAAAGAGCUGCUGGACAGAACUGGCUACACGCUGGACGUGACAACGGGACAGAGAAAGUACGGUGGCCCCCCGCCAGAGGCAGUGUACUCAGGACUUCAGCCCCAUGUUGGCACAGAGAUUUUCGUGGGGAAGAUCCCGAGGGACAUGUUUGAGGACGAGCUGGUGCCCCUGUUUGAGAAGGCGGGCCCCAUCUGGGACCUGCGGCUGAUGAUGGACCCGCUGACGGGCCUCAACCGGGGCUACGCCUUCCUCACUUUCUGCAAUAAAGACGCUGCACAGGAGGCAGUGAAGCUGUUUAACAAUCAUGAAAUUCGCACCGGGAAACACAUUGGAGUGUGCAUAUCUGUGGCGAAUAAUAGACUUUUUGUCGGUUCGAUCCCAAAAAACAAAACGAGAGAACAAAUAGUGGAGGAGUUCUCCAAAGUCACAGAGGGUCUGAACGACGUCAUCCUGUACCAUCAGCCGGAUGACAAGAAGAAGAACCGUGGCUUCUGUUUCCUGGAAUAUGAGGACCACAAGGCAGCAGCGCAGGCCCGGCGGCGCCUCAUGAGCGGCAGGGUGAAGGUCUGGGGCAACGUGGUCACUGUGGAGUGGGCCGACCCCAUCGAGGACCCCGACCCAGAGGUCAUGGCCAAGGUGAAAGUUCUGUUUGCCCGAAACCUUGCAAAUGGCGUCACCGAAGAAUCGCUUGAAAAAGCCUUCGGUGAGUUUGGCAAGCUUGAGCGAGUGAAGAAGCUGAAAGACUACGCCUUCAUCCACUUUGAGGAGCGGGACGCCGCCGUGAAGGCCUUGGCGGAAUUGAAUGGAAAAGAAAUGGAGGGGGAACCGAUUGAAAUUGUUUUCGCUAAACCCCCCGACCAGAAGAGGAAAGAGCGCAAGGCCCAGCGGCAAGCAGCCAAGACAACGUACGAUGACUAUUAUUACUACGGCCCCCCUCACAUGCCUCCUCCCCCCCGAGGCCGGGGUCGAGGAGGUGGCGGCGGCGGUGGUCGCGGGGGUUACGCUUCUUACCCCCCAGACUAUUACGGCUACGAGGAUUACUACGACUACUACGGCUACGACUACCACAACUACCGCGGCGGAUACGAUGACCCGUACUACGGAGGCUACGAGGACUUUCAGGCUCCGCCGGUCAGGGCCCGAGGUGGCCGAGGGGGCUCGCGAGGAGGAGGAGGAGCCUCCCCAGCCCGGGGGAGAGGAGGCGCGGGGCCGCCCAGGGGCAGAGGAGGAGGGGGCUUCUCCCAGAGAGGCGGCGGUGGUGCUGGGGGUCCGGGAGCAGGCCGAGGCAUGCGGGGGUCCAGAGGAGGACCGAUGCAGCAGAGAGGCGGCCGCGGGGUACGUGGUGGCAGGGGUGGCCGCGGUGGAAGUGUAGGAGGAAAGCGCAAAGCUGACGGGCACAGCCAGCCAGAUUCCAAGCGUCGCCAAACCAAUAAUCAGAACUGGGGCUCUCAACCCAUUGCUCAGCAACCGCUACAAGGUGGCGAUCAUUCUGCAGGGAAAAGGGGUCGAGGAUGGUCCUGACCAGUGACUGAGGACCGGUGCGGAGUAGAAGACGGUUGCAACAGGAGCUGCCACUGGGGGUGACGGUAAGGUCACUUCAGCGGUCCUGAGACGAGACACUCCAGCCUUACUGACGCAUAUCUCCCAGACUGCCACAUAGGAGCAAACAUGUUUUUUGGACUCUUACGUUUUAUUUUAUUUUUUUUGUUUGUUUUAAAUAGGUCACAAUACUCCCACCCACCGUCUAUACCCAUUGUCCUGAGCGCCCCGUCUUUCCCCAAAGAGUUUGCCAUUUGUAGUUACAGCAUAAUUUGAGUCUCAAGACUCAAUAUUUUUAUUGCUCUUGUAAAAAAAAAAUCUUGUUUUGCACUUUGUUGGACCAGAAUUCAGAUAGGAUUGACUUUUUUUAAUAUAAAAGAGGUCACAAACCAGCCCCAGCUAACAUCGGAUGCACUUAAGGUAUCAGACUUCUACGAGGUCUUGCCACUUCCCUACACAUUUGUGUUUCCAUGACGGCUCUUUUUCAUGUGUUUUCCCUCUAUGGGGGGAGUUAGCUGGGACUGGUUUAUUCUGUACAGAGAGAAUCAUCCUGUAGAGUUCUGGUGUUAAGUUUGACGUGGCUCUGAGGAGCAUGAUGCUAUGUAUAUUUUUGUGCUAAUUUUAGCUUUAUCAUGGAAUAUGUCUUUUUUUUUAUUGGUUGUACGGAUUACUUUUUUUUUGAUAAAGGUGUUACCACCUGGCAUGAGCAGUCAGGCAUUCCAGGCAUGUGGUUCUUUUCAGAACUAGUCAUAUUUUUUUUUGUUUCUUCUUUUUUUUAAUAAAGGGUUGGUUAACUACCUCAGUGUGGAGGAUUUAAACUGCCCUACCUUUACUGUACAUAGAGAGAACCUCAUCAUGAAAGCAGGGCUCGAUACCCCAUCGCCAUUUUACUUUUUGUUUUCCCAAAUAUGCUGUCUGUGACUAAUUUCAGUUAAACUGGGCACGUCAACAGUCAUGGGUCUGAUCAAGCCUUACCGUCAUUGUUCAACAGGAUAGUUACUACUGGUUGUAUCUUAGUUCAGUGUUUCAUCAUGAAAACAAGAAGAGCCAACUGCUUUACUUUUUAAGGGGUUCUGUGGUUAUCUCUUUGAAAUAACUAGUCUUAACUUUUUAUAUGUACAAGGCAUCCUUUUAUGAAGGUCUGCUUCUACACAAUGAUGUCUACAAGCCAUCAUCCAUUACUGUCGUGUCAACUCAGCCGAUCCUAAUUGUUCUGAGGAGUUGCCUUUGGUCACCAUUCUAGAAUACAUCUGGAGUGGUGCAUAUGGGGUGCAUUCCAUUAUCCUAACCUCCUGUCCUCGACCUGUACUUGUGGCCUUGCAUUUCGCUGACACCCCGCUUCCAUGGAGAGAAGAAUAACAUUUCCCUGUCAGCCUAGGUAGCCACAACAACUUUUGGGGGACUUUUCCCCCAUUCAACAUCCCAGUUGCAAAUGAGAAAAUUACCUUUUGAAUUGUGCUUUUGCGAAAUAUUGAAUGCAACUUCUGUCGUCAACGUUUUGUGAUGUCAUCACGAGGCCACAAGCACAUGGGGGGAGAGGAAUAAUGGAAUGAACCCUCAUGGAAAGCAAUAGCUGGACUAGUAGGGACUUACCCUGUCCUAAAAGGAUACUGCAACCUUGAACUUUAAGUUUCCUUCUCUCCAUGAAUUGUGAGAUGCAGGGCUUUUUCUUUUCUUUUCCAAACACUAGACUCCCUCAGGGAGUUGGAGUCAUCUACCCUCAGCCAGGUUUAAGAAAUAGUUUGUUGGUGGCUUAACGAGUGUGUUGCAUUCCUGCAAAUAAAUUGUUUUAUAUUGUAAAUUAAGUGGUGUAACUUAUUUUUAAUAAAGUUAUUGACUUUCUUUAA